GGAAUACAGGCAUUAAGUAACACCGGUGUCCGGUGAACCUGUCCACUCCAAGGCCAUGUCGAUCAGUGUAUGUGACAUAUGUAUGGUCACAAAGAUAUAGAUAAAGUGUACAAUUUGUAUCCUGGAUCCACAGAUUCCCAAUAUUGUGAUCUCAAGUUAAUGCUGUCCUACUGAAGACCCUAUAUAACACCAGACGAGUCAUGCAGAGGCGUCCACAUCACCGUCACAAAGGGGGUCAGCACCAUGAGCCAAAUACAGAAGAUGAGACGGAGUAUUAUCAGUAUGGGGGUGCUAUAGGGGCCUUCUUCACCAGCGUAUGUUUCAUAGGACUGACAUAUAUAGUCGUGGAAAAGAUUCAGUCUGGUAAGUGGGAGAUGCUGAGAGUUCCGGAGUUCCCGAGCCAUGUCGGGGGAUGGCUGGAUUUUAGGGCAGCCGCCAUGUUCCUGGGCUGGCUGGGGGCCCAGUGUAUUCUCUAUCUCCUCCCCAUAGGUGGACCUAUAGAGCUAGGAUCACCCACCAAGGACAACGGUCGCAGACUGUCUUACAGACUCAACGGAUUUUUUGUGUUUAUGGUGAAUACAAUAUGUGUGCUGGCUGCGACCUACGCUGGAGUUCCUGUUACCAUGCUAACAUCAAAGGCGCUACAGAUAUUGACCGCUGGCCUUGUGGCCUUCUUUAUUCUUAGCAUUGUUUUAUACGCCAAGGCCAUGACACUGAGGCCUCGUGACCGCAGCCCUUGUGGUCAAACAGGGAGUGCCUAUUACAAUUGGUUUAUUGGGGUAGAACUGCAUCCACGAUUCGGAUUUCUCGACCUAAAACUUGUUUUCUUCCGAAGUGUCAUUAUUGGUUGGAUGAUUUUUAAUUGGGUGAAUGUUACGGACGCAUAUGAGACCGGUCACCUCACACCAUCCCUAAUACUGGUCAGUAGUCUACAGUUGGUGUAUGUGCUGGACACGUUUUGGUUCGAGGCCGGAAUGUUGGUGUCAAGAGACAUUAUACAUGAGGCAUUAGGAUUCAACCUCCUCAGCCUUUUUUUGAUGAUUCCAUUUACAUUCUGUGUCCAGACGCGUUACCUAGCAACAACAGGCUUUACUCUCCCCUGGUACUGCCUCAUCCCCAUCGUAGGUUUAAACUUAACUGGAUAUUGGAUUUUAAGGGGAAGUAACUCUGAGAAAAAUAAUUUCAGACGCAAUCCGAAAGAUCCACAAUUUGCAAAGUACGAAACCCUGCCUACCCGGGUAAAGGGUAAAAACCUCCUGGUGUCUGGGUGGUGGGGGAUGAGCAGACACCCUAACUACUUUGGAGAUAUCCUCAUUUCCUUUAGCUUUGCCUUACCAACAGGAUUUAGUUAUUUCUUGCCUUACCUAAACCCACUCUUUUUGGUGAUGAUGUUGGUCGAUCGUGAGCGAAUGGAUGGAGAAGAGUGUAGGCAACGAUACGGAGAUGUGUGGGACAAAUAUUGUGAAAAAGUCAAGUACCGAAUUAUCCCCUAUGUCUACUGAAGGGCCAGACAAAACUAAAAAAAUAUCAUACAGGAUUUAACCUUAAUGUAUUACUGUAACAUUAAUUAAAACUUCUGUAUACAAAAAUCAAAACAACAGGUCUCACUGAUCUGUUCAAUAUGCAGCCUUACUUCUGUACUUGGAAUCAUUAUAUUUUUUACAGACAUAUUAGA